AUGGUGUUGGCUAAAAAAGGAGGAGAGAGGAGAGCUUCAAUCGAAGGUUGGGUCGGAAUCCGUGUGAUGGUUCGAGAGUGGUUUCAAAUAUUCUUCGCAUCCCCAGAGAGAUACAUUGUUGCCAUUGUGACUUGGUCGUCAACAGGGGCACGAACAGCCGCCUUAAAGUACUGUUCCAUGUCCCAGAGGUCUUCGAGCCUUGGUCGAAUCCCGUUGAAUGGCUGUGGUUCCGGGACUCAAAUGCGUCUGGAGUCGCCAGGUGAGACAUUCGGUUCACGAACCGGAGACCUAUCUCCACAGCAAGCUCCUCAAUUUGACCCGGUCCGUCACGCUUUGGACAUCGCUACCGGGAUCGUUGAGGCCCCAUGA